AUGUGAAGACAUAACAGAAUAAACGGUGCUGAUGUGAUUACCUCGGGGAACCGAAUGAGCGUUUACCGUCUGUUGUGACGUGUCCUUCACUAGGCUACAGCGCGCGGGGAAUGUAGCUUGUGUUUACUGAAGACUUGCUCACGUGAUCAGGUAGUCAGUUACUUUGUAAUAUUUCUAAAUAAAGGAGAGCCGCUCUAGGAGCUCAGAUGCAACAGCCAAGCUGUCUUCAUCAGGGUAUAAGUAAGUUACUUUGUAUCAAGGAUGUAGACAACUGCUUUUUACCAAGGCCUUGUACGCAACACCUACAAUAUGCUUUCCAGGACAGACUGUUGGAUUCGGAUUGUAUAUAGGCUGCUGUUCAGUCGCUGUUUGUGGUCAGAUGUGGUCAGACAUGACAGACAAGAUGGACGCUACGGCUUCUGGAGGCUUACCGUACAAUAACAGUGUUGUGUGAACACCGAUAUCCGUGUUUACGGAGGGGAUACCUGUAUUCUCUGACUUCACAGUAAGAAGGCCUCUUAUUCAUUCACACAUCAUAGGUUUAUUAGGCUAUUGGACAGCGUGAUGAAGGAGAAAUAGGAAUUCGGCUCAAAUAUUGUUUAUUCCAAAUCGGAGUUAUGAUGUCAUUUCCUUUGUAGGCUUCCCCAUCGAAUAACGGGUGUAGGUUUAGUAGCCUUCAACAGCCUACAUCCCCUUAAUACUGUAUCGUCACAAAGCCGUCCGUUCCAGCCAGUGAUUAGCAGAAUGACUGAUCCAAACAGCAACACGGACGGUAUGGCUGGCUACUCCGGUAUCACCAGACUAAAUGUAGCUGGCAGUGGGUUACCUCGUCGGACCGUGCUGAACUCUCACACUCCUCCAGGCAGACUGACGUCCCUGCGGUCCCGGGACCUGACUCUGGGCGGGUUCAAAAAGAAGACCUUCGUACCCAAUGUCCAUUCUCUGAGGAAGAGUAAAGAUGAGUUAAAGGAAGAGGCCCAUGUUGCACCAAAGAAGGACAGAAGAGUGAGGGAGGAGAGGCACAGGGAGAGGAGAGUGGAGAGAAGAGAGCGCCCCCAUCAGACCAUUCAGUCCCACUCCAUCUUUGAACAGGGUCCUGCAGACACAGUAAAGAAACCAGGGGGGUGGAGAGGGACCGACCUCAGAGACAGCAGAUCCUCUCCUGUAGCUAAGUGUUUUAAGAAGGAGAGACGUGCCUCAGAGGAAAACGAUGAUGAUAUGUUACAGCUUCAACGGGAUGAUUUUUUGGAUGAUCCUGGUUUGAAAAAUGAUGCCAAGAACAAGCCGAUUCAACUGCCACUGUAUCAAUCCAGCAACUUCCUGAUAACAGAGGCAACAACUCCAUCAUUCAGAGCCCCUGCUACUACUAACCCACACCUGCCCCUUCAGUAUGGAGCAGGACAUCAGCACGGACCAGGCCAGGGGGUCCUGAGCCCAGACCAGAUCCCUCAGUACGGACCAGGCCAGGGGGUCCUGAGCCCAGACCAGAUCCCUCAGUACGGACCAGGCCAGGGGGUCCUGAGCCCAGACCAGCCCUCUGUAGCAGAUCUCUUCCAUCAGCUGACGGUUUCAGAGACAGAAGAGUUGCUGUUUAUCCAGCUUCCUGAUAUUAUCCCUGGCCAGCCAACCACAGCCACCGGCCAGCCAACCACAGCCACCGGCCAGCCAAUCACAGCCCCAGAAAAAAAUGGUAAAAAAGACUCCAAGUCCGACAGCAAGCGCUGCUCUCACAUUAAAGCACCAGUGAGUAACGACUACCUUCUAUGCUUAUGUUCUACCGUCCACUUCACUCUAACAGAGAAACAUUUCACGCUAAGGUCUACAUUUGUUGUAUUCCAUGUUCUCCCUCAGGACCCUGCUAGAGACAGUGUUCCCAUCCGGUUAGAGUUCUCCUGACCCCUGACCCUAAAGGCCAUGUUCUCCCUCAGGACCCUGCUAGAGACAGUGUUCCCAUCCGGUUAGAGUUCUCCUGACCCCUGACCCUAAAGGCCAUGUUCUCCCUCAGGACCCUGCUAGAGACAGUGUUCCCAUCCGGUUAGAGUUCUCCUGACCCCUGACCCUAAAGGCCAUGUUCUCCCUCAGGACCCUGCUAGAGACAGUGUUCCCAUCCGGUCAGAGUUCUCCUGACCCCUGACCCUAAAGGCCAUGUUCUCCCUCAGGACCCUGCUAGAGACAGUGUUCCCAUCCGGUUAGAGUUCUCCUGACCCCUGACCCUAAAGGCCAUGUUCUCCCUCAGGACCCUGCUAGAGACAGUGUUCCCAUCCGGUUAGAGUUCUCCUGACCCCUGACCCUAAAGGCCAUGUUCUCCCUCAGGACCCUGCUAGAGACAGUGUUCCCAUCCGGUUAGAGUUCUCCUGACCCCUGACCCUAAAGGCCAUGUUCUCCCCCAGGACCCUGCUAGAGACAGUGUUCCCAUCCGGUCAGAGUUCUCCUGACCCUAACGGC